AUGACAGAACCAGUUGAGCAUGGCUUGUCAUACCUCGACCAAGAGGCAGGAGUUCAGUGGAACGAAAGUGACCCCCCUUUCGCCUACAUUUUCGCCGACUAUUGGUCGCCUCUUGUCGACGGUUUUCCACAUGACCCUUUUCUCGCAUUCACCUCUGCCCCCCUCACGCCUAACCCUGCGGCUUCCACCUCACACGGCACUCCCCAUGAGAUCGCCGAUAAUCAAUAUGAUAAGGGCUCCCCGGCCGAAGAUGGCGCCCAUGCUGGCGAUGUUCCGAGCCUUGACCUUCACGAUGGGAUGUCUGACAUCACCUCUACAAUCAUCUCCACUGCGGACGAAGAGCAAGCACCGGCCACUAUCGCAGAUGAUAGUCUACCGAAGCUUACAUCUUAUGGCAAAGUCUCGAUGGGUGUCAAAUCUAGCCGUGGCAGCCCACUAAAGUGCAAAUGGAAGCACUGCGAAUACUCGGGUGGAUUUUCUCAGAUGGGAGCCCUGCUACGCCAUAUCAAAACAAAGCACAUCUCACCAGGCUUAUAUGAAUGCCCAGAGGGCGAGUGCCGGAAGUCGUUCAACCGAAAGGACAAUUUGAUUGCCCAUAUCCGGAAUGUUCACCGUGCAACCGUUUGA